CCGCCCCGCCUCCCCCACCACCACCACCGUCUCUGUGGUGGAAGUGUCGCCUCAGCCUUCGGGACGCUGCUGGCUCUCUCGCUCUCCCUCAUCCCUCCACAUCGGCACGAUGGACGUGCACUCGGUGAGCGCGGCAAUGCCGGAGAUGCCGGCAAUGGUCGACGGCGUGAAGUUGGCGGCGGUGGCGGCGGUGCUGUACGUGAUGGUACGGUGCCUGAAUCUCAAGUCGCCCACGGCGUCACCCGAUCUGUUCUUCCAGGAUUCGCCACUGGCGCGACAUCUUCUCAAGUCGUGUCCCCUGCUCACCAAAGAGUAUGUGCCUCCGCUGCUUUGGGGCAAGAGCGGGCACGUGCAGACCGUGCUGUACGGGAAGAUGGGCCGCGUGAGCUGCCCGCAGCCGCACGGCCUCCGCAAGACGGUGCUCAUGCCCGACGGGUCGUCCUCCACCUUCGACCUCUUCGAGGCGCUGGCUCCCCACUCCACCGGAGAGGACUUCACGAUGGUGAUCUGCCCGGGCAUAGCGAACCACAGCGAGAAGACGUACAUCCGAACGUUUGUGGACCACGCGCAGAGGUCUGGCUACCGCUGUGCGGUCCUCAACCACCUGGGAGCCCUGGCCAGCAUCAAGCUCACCGCACCGCGAAUGUUCACCUACGGCUGCACGUGGGAGUACGGCGCCAUGGUUCGGCGCGUGCGGAAGCUCUACCCAAACACGAAGCUCGUCGUCGUGGGCUUCAGCAUGGGCGGCAACAUCGUGUGCAAGUUCCUGGGCGAGGACCGCGAGAAUCAGGAGGGCGUCGCGUGCUGCAUCAGCGUCGGACAGGGCUACAGCGCGUUAAUCGCAUCGCCCACAUUCCUGCAGUGGGACAACUUCCGGCGCUUUUACAACUUCAUGAUGGCCGACAACAUGAAGCGCAUCAUCCUGAGCCACAAGGAGCUGCUGCUGGGAGACGGGAAUGGAAAGCGGCCGUCGUGCCUCCAGGAAAUGGAUUUCAACCGCCUCUACACGGCCACCUCGCUCAUGCAGAUCGACGACGUGAUCAUGAGGAAAUUCCACGGCUACAGCACCCUGCAGGACUACUACGAGAAAGAGAGCUGCGCUCCCUUCCUGCAGAACAUCAAGGUGCCCAUGCUGCUCGUUAACGCUCUGGAUGACCCCAUCGUCCAUUCCUCACUCCUCGUCAUCCCUCGCACGCUGGCCGAGAAAAAGGAGAACGUGAUGUUCGCCCUGACGUUGCACGGCGGCCACCUGGGAUACUUCGAGGGGGCGGUGCUGCUGCCGGAGCCACUCACGUGGAUGGACAAGCUGAUUGUGGAGUACGCCAACGCGGUCGCCCAGUGGAGCAAGGCACCCUGCGCCGCUAGCGACAAAUAGACUUUGCCCGCCCCCCAAACCCCCCCCCCCCCCCCCCACAUUCCCCCCCACCACCAAACCCCCUACCCCCGUGGAGAGCGAGCGACGGUGUGCGGGUCCUCGCGGUCAACCCAAACCUGAGACGUCUCGCUCGUUCUCCCGCCGAGAUGACGAUGCAAACGAAAGGAGCCACCACUUUUUUAUUUGUUUUUGUUGUUGUUUGGCGGUGAGGGAAGCCGAGUGGGCCCACGCUUUCACAGACGAAGGGAGAGGGGAACAUCUUUGGAAUGUGGAUUGCGUCCCGUGGCUCACAUCGAUUUAGUCUUGAAAAUUAUGUAAUUCUCUUUUUUUUUUUACAAUAUUUCAACGUGGCUUUUUUUUUUUUACAAUUCGUUUAUAGAAUCGUUUUCCAGACGAAGUUGCUAUUUAAGCCCGACUCGGCGUGCGUAACACUCGCCACGGGAACCGAAUGUCGUGGCAAGGAGUACAUUUUUUUUUUUUCGAGGAUUUUCAUACUUACCUAAACGUUGUUUUUGUAUUUUUUAUGAUUAACAUUAAUAGCAGCUGUGUCUUUAUCGUCGAUGUCGCUUGUGUGUGGAAGUUAAAUGAGCAUAAUUUUCGAGGGGACGUUGCACAGUUUGCGUUUUGAUGUCACCAACAGGAAGGGAAGUCCCGUGCACGCGAUGUCCGUAAGUUUUUGUUGUCUGUGGCCAACGUAUUUGUAAAAAAUGUCGUAAUUUAAAGCAAUUAAUGCAUACUUAUGUCGAAGCAUUUGCACUCGUAGCGUGAUGGGAGAAGGUGGGGAGUCGGCAGGAGGGUGGGCGAUUGCUUUCCGUCGAGUGCGGAUCGUGAAUCUUGAAACGCUGCUGAGGAGCUAAUCAUUGGAUCGUCGUCGUUAGAGGCUACUUCGUUUGUUCAGCCGGGAGAGACUUCCGCUCGAUGUCACAACGCGUUGUUGCGAUAACGCCAAACGAUUCCCACGCGGCUGAAAGGCGAGAUGUUAACUCGCUCGCAUGGUAUGCAGGACGUCGUGGGUUCUAUCCUGCCCCUGGCGCCUGUAUUAUUUAGAGUUUGCGUGUCUCUCUCCCCAUGGUCAAGUGAAUUAUCCCGCGGGUUCUACGGUUUUUUUUUUCUCUCCACAUUUAGAAUCGACAUGCGUUCAGAGUAUUUGGCUUCUAAAAAUGUUCACGUGAUAAGCCACUUGGUCGAGCUAUCAUUUGUGGCCAGGCCGCUUCUGAAAAAAAGCUCUGUAGCUCAGUGGGGCCUUACCUGGGAAAAUAAAACAAAUCGUUUUUUGUUUAAAGAGAGCGGAACGUGGGACACGAUGCUGAGCGUGCCGCACUUCAACCUGCCCAUGCUGGACAUCGGUGAAAAAGAGAUUCAUAGCUCACCGGAUUUCUCCAGUCUAAAUAAAGAUUUAGAUUCUGAUUCUGGAAACAAAUAUCAGAGAACUCCAAGCGAAGGUGGCGUUUUAACUUUCACGGCCGUAGCUUCGGGGGACACAAGACGUCACACCGUUUGUGCCGGCACAAAGAUUGUAACGCGGUGAUGAAGGUUUUCUGAAAAACGCACGCUUCCUAAACAAAAAAUUUCCUCCACAAAAAAUAGUUAAAAAUCGUGUAUGUGUAUAAAUAAUAUCGUGUGUGUGCGUGUAUGUGUGUGUGUGCUGCCUGUCUAAGCGGAGAUUUAACUCGCCACGUUGUUUUUGAGAAAGUGGUCACGGUCGUGAGUGUUGGGGAUGGGGGAGCGGUGAACUCGUUCACCGAUCUAAUUGACUCGAACAAUGAAAACACAUUGGACAAUCAGUGAAGCGCUUGGAUAAUUGUGGACACGAGGCAUUGAAGUUAAAGGCUUGUCCUGUGACUUUUUCUAAACAGGUAUGUUUUUCGCAGCCACUCGUAAAUCCGAGUGUGGUCUCUUCCGUAUCUGGCCCUGUGUUCAGCAAUGUCUUCUAAAGCUUUUGCGGGCGGGCGGGCGGGCGGUGGUAGUGGUGAUGGCGACACGCCUCUGAUCCAGCGCUGUGGAGGCGAGAGAGUUGGUGGAUCACUCAAAGAUGUUGUGAAAUUUACAUGCCUGCGUGUGUCGAGGUGCCUGUACCCCGGGCUUGCCAGGAGAAAAGUGGAUACAGCAAAGUGUGGACUAAUCUCCCGUUUGUUCCACCUGGAUGAGAUUGAGUGUUGUGCCCCCCCCCCCGUCCCCCCUCGUUCGUACACGUGGGUUCUCUCCCCGUGCUUUGGUUUUCUCGCACGUUAAUGGGCGGCCGCGGUGGUGAGAUGUUAACUACCUCGCCUGGUAUGCAGGAAGUCGUGGGUUCGAUCCUGACCCUGACGCCUGUAUAUUUGGAGUUUUCAUGUUCUCCCCGUGGUCGCGUGAAUUUUCCUCCGGGUCAUUCCGGUUUUUCCCUCCACGUUUAAAAUCAACAUGCGUUCAGAGUAUUUUGAUGCUAUACAUUUCCACAUGAUAAGCCACUUCGUUCAGCUCUCAUUUGUGGCCAGGUCAAACAUCGCAGUCUAGGGCUACAGAGAUUGGGCAAUUAUUGGGGCCCGUUCUGCCUUCCUUCCUGGCUCAUCUGUGGUUUCCCACGACCUCGAUCGCCGAGCAAUGUUCAGUGCCGUUGCAAAUUUGUAACGUUAGAUGAGUACAACAUUGUCGUUGACUUUGCUGCGGUCGUAUCCAGGAGUUGAGGCGAGGGGAAGUCCCCCCAAUCUGUUGUCUCUAGCCUUGUAUGACCGCCCCAAACCCGGACGGGUCGCACCCUGGGCCAGAGGUCACAACCAGGUACCCGAUACCCAUACCCUACCCGAUACCCGGCUACCCGUACCCGGCUGGGUACGGCUACGGGUACCCGUUUGCGACCCUGGUGCGGCCGGGUACGGGUACGGGUAGGCCGUGAGUCACUGGUGAGUAACCGUUUGUCACUCAUUUCGGGUAGGGUACGGGUAGGGAACGUGUACCUGUACCCGGCCGGGUACCCAUUUGCGACCCGGGUGCGGCCGGGUAUGGGUAAGGAAUCAAAACCCGUUUGCGAACUCUGCCCUGGGCCCUGUGACUGUAUCACUUGAUGGUCGUUGGCUCUUUGCUUUCUCCACGAGGCUUUGAUCGCGUUACCCAUGUUGGAUGUAAUUACAGAGAGCAGUGGCCAGCUACCCAGGCAUGCAUAACAGUGAAUACUAAAGCCAUUUUUAACAACUGCUAGCAGUGACGACGAAGCGAAAUUGAAAACAAACGCGUAAGCGUUCAGUAGCUUACGCUCAUUUCGGAGUGCCGUCUAUUUCGGCUUUGCGUGACGUUUUGCAUCAUGUUGCCGCUUGAUUUGUACUUUUUGUGCGUUUUUUUCCCUUUAUUCGUGAGCACCGUUACAUUUCUUGCGGCGUUUUGAUUCUCUGCGGCUUGGAACGCGUGGCGUGCUACGGUUAAUUCCGCGUGGUGCCGUGAGCUGGGGGUUGCCACCUCCUAUUCGUGAGCACCGUUAGAUUUCUUGCGGCGUUUUGAUUCUCUGCGGCUUGGAACGCAUGGCGUGCUACGGUUAAUUCCGCGUGGUGCCGUGAGCUGGGGUUUGCCACCUCCUUAGGUACAAACAAAACGGAAUAUAUCGUGGGAAUAAGAGUAUCUCAUGAUGCCUGAAGCAGGGGGGGGGGGGGGGGGAUAGCUACACUUAAAUGCAUCGUCUUGAGUGGUGCAUUAAUAUUAUUAUUGCGCAACUUGACAACAACCCGGACGGUUAAUGCCCCUGGGAGAAGGCCUCGCAGAUUUAUCGAGGGCGGCUCUCUCAGAGUGGGGACGAUCCCGGAGAAAUCCGGGGAAGGGGGGGGGGGUGGUGGCAACCCUAGCCGGCACUUGCCCCAACAGGACUGCGAAGGCUAUACGGGGGAUCUUUGUUUAGUGUCGGUGGAUGCUCGGUCGCUUCGCUGUAGAGAAGAGCAUUUGUUCCCCUGAUCGCCAUCCCGGCACGACAUCUUCGCCCAGCGCCAGCGCACCAAACGCCGCAGGGGUUUCCUUAAAACGAACCGAAAAAAUCCGAUAGGAAAUAAUUUAUUUCCUUAAAAUGCUGGUGGUGCACGAGCACAAUUGAUAACAGCAGGGGGCGAACGCGUUCGUCAGGAACGCUGCCAUAGAGAGAAACGAAGAGAGUCGGCGACGUUUCGAGCAACAAUCCCCUUUCUUCACGAGGAUAAGGAAUUGGUAUUUAUUGGGCGCGCAAAUGCCCCAGCAUCUCAAAACACCUUGCAUCACGUGGCAUUUCUCGAUCAUUCCAGUGUCCAGGUGUAGUUUUUAAUAUUUUACUCAAGCCUGCUGUCUAUGAAGCUGACCAGAGAUAGAGGUUUCUCUUUAAAGGAGGGGGGGGAGGGCAGCGUUGUUGACGAAUGCGUUGUGCGAUUGGACGCCACCGCACAGGUUGUCGAUGGUGACGAUGCAAAAAGGUUUUCCCCAUCGGUGUUUAAACGCCGGUGUGAAUUCCAAAAUCUCACUCGAGAUUGUCUGCGUUGCACCUUUGGACUCCCCCCCCCCCCCCCCCCCGCAUGAAAGUUGGCCGCAUUGGCAGAGGCGGUGCCUGACCCGAGUCUUAUUUUGUUUUCACCUGAGAUGAGAACUCAGGAUUGGGGUGGGGGGGUCCUCAUUUGCGAGAGGUACGUGUGUACGUAUGUUGAACUUUCUUUCGCACCGUACUUAGCCAACCGUGAUAAUUGGAGGUGCGGGGGUGAAGGACAUCAAACUGACACACACAAAGAGGGACUGACCCCUGGGUGACCAAAUUAAGUACAUGGAAUGAGAGCAGAGUCUACAAAAGUUAGUUUUUAGCCUGCAAACCAGAGCUUGAAUAUGGUUAAAGGGAUGCAUAGAUUCAGUUAUUGUGACCUGUGGAAUCUUUUGGUCUGCUGUCCUUUCCCCCCCCUCCCCCCCGCUUAAGCGGUCAUUGAUAAUUAAGGAUUACGUUGAGCUUCCCAGAUGACAGAUCAUCGAAGAAUUAAGUCGUCACAUUCUGGGAAUUUUUGUGAUUUUUGCACUGAUGUCAUUUUUUUGUUCUUUGCCUAGUUACAUUUUGACUCGCCGCACGCCUCUGUUAAGUCGGCGAAAACACGUGUCUAUAUGUUUUUACGUCUUUCCAUUGUAACCUCUUUACUUUUCACCUCUCAAAUAUUUCCGUUCAAUCGUUCCAGCUUACGGGCUCUUCCCGCGAAACGUUUUGUACGAUUAUUGUCGAGUUCGUCCGAAAUUUGCCGCUUGACGCGUUCGACGCCGUUCUCGCGAGCGGCCCGGUCCAAUUCCCCCUUCGUUGUGCGUGCACGUGAUCGUUAUUGUUACGUUCCUCGUUUUUUCACGAUUGCAAUUCACGGCCCUUCCUCUUCAGCACGCGUGCGGCUCGCAGCCGCUGGGCUUUGCUCCUGAGCGGCAGUGGGGGGGGGGGGGGGGGCAUCUUCCUGUGCCCUCCCCGCGAGCUCUUGUCGCUUGGCUCACCCGGGAGGGCACUGAAACCGUUGCCCUCCAGCGCUUCCGUGGCCGUUGUUAAGGUCUGGCCGCGAUAAAAAGAAAAAAUGUAAAAUAUAAUAAAAGAAAAGAGGUGAAACAUGUGAGCGAGGUGACCGGGUGGCCGGCUGGCUCAGAGGUCAGAGCGUUGAGUUGACCUGGGUUGGAUUCCAGGUACAGCUGCCUGCGAUUUAGACCGAGUGCUCAGAGUGUAAUAGAGUUUUGAUCGUCUAAGCCCGGUCACCAAUGACCACACACAAAAAAAAAUCCCACCGACUGUUUACUUAAUUCUGGCCAAAUUUCGUACUGAGAGUUAAAAACAUCCGAAUUUGACUGUCAUGUGAAUAGCACUGCUAGGCCGUAGCAGAGUGGGUGGGAAAGUGCUGUCUCCCCUACUGUGUGGAGCAAAGGUAGCUUCGAAAGGGAUCUCUGUUGUGGCUCCAUGACAUCCACUUCUGUGGGCUGUUUUCUUUACACGGAAAGGGUUUUGCGGCAGUGCGAGAAAUCCGAUAUAAAAAAAAAUAUAUUUUUUAUCUUGACAUGGCAAAAACAAAUAUGGCCUUGUUUAAAGUUGACAUUACACGGAAAAAAAAUCGACUCCCCCAAUUAAUGAGACGGGGCAAAACACUGCAGUAGCUAAGGAUUUAGGCUUUCUCGUGAUUCCAUUUAACGAUCGAUGUUUUUUUUGGUUUUCAUUCACCACGGUGACGAAUCAAGCGCCUCCAGUGGCUGAAGGGUUGAGAGGGUCAGCCAACUGCAACUUGCACAAAUCGGCCGAUGGAUUUAUCAUGCCAGACCUGGGAGUCGAAUCCCGUUUCAAUUCCGAAAGAAACGGUGAACGGAAAUGAUUGUUUUGUUUGUUGCAAUUACACACCAUGGUUUGCGAAUCGCACAAAUUACAAUGGGAACCGACCCCCAGGUCCGUCUCGCACACAGAAUUCGACUCUUGUAUCGCAAGCCAGCGAAUUGAUUUUAAUCGCCGAAUCGACGGCAUCCACCGUUUUAAUCCUUCUGGACGUAGGUGAUUUCCACGUAAAAAAAAAAAUGUGUACGGCGAGUCCUCGUUCAAAGUGCUGGUAGCAGAUGCCUUGCUGAAAAGUGGCACGCUACGGGAAAAAAAAACACGAAAACAAUUUCCCCCCAAAAAAUGAUGCAACGGUCAAUUUUGGCGAGAUAACAAUGUUAGCACACAACGCAGUGAGACUGCGGGACAAAUAGCUGAUGGUACGCCGCCGCGUUACUGUAUCAUUCCGCGUACCGUAUCACCGUACCGCUCAGCCGCGCGGCUCAAAAAAGUAGCUCGUCGUCGACCGCUCAGAAACCGUGUUGUAACGGGACGCGUUAUAACGGGGCGCGUUCCGCGUUAUAACGGGAGGGGGGGAGGCGCGUUCAGCGUUAUGCGAAAAGUCUUCCCGAAUGAAAGCAACAGCGUUGCAGCAAAAACGCUGUGUGAGCACCACGCGUUAAGCGAGGACACGCCAUACAAUCUUUGGGGUUUUUCGCGUAUGCAGUUGCGUGGCUCCCAAAUCGGUGUUUGGGAGUCGCAGCCACGCGCACUCCCAUGUGCGGUCUCGCAGUCGAUCUUUCGCUCGCGGGAAGAGAAAGAAAUUCCGAAAAUGCGUGCCUAACACGGAAGCUGCACUUGGGCUGUAAAGUUGGUGCGAAUGUGGGGGUGGUAGAAUGGAAGUGGCACAGUGGUGGUGGCACGGUAGUGGCACGGUAGUGGAACGCCACCGGCACGGCUCCUUCACUUAGUGGGCGUAAGAACGUUGCCAGCGAUGUUGGGGCGUGAGCGUUCGGGGCACGCGGAGCGCGUGUUCGCAUUUGUCCGAGCAACGAUGCACUUUGCCUCCCUGAAGCGAGGCUUGAUAAUUUUAAGAAGCUUAGAGAGAGAGAAUACAAAGACAAUUUAAUAAAAAUCAUCCUUUACAA